GCUCAAAUACACCAAGUCACAGCGCGCGAGGACGCCAAACUCAUCACACCCAAGUCUCUCUGUGUAUGCAUGCAUGUAUGUGUGUGUGUGUGUGUGAGAGAGAGAGAGAGAGAGAGAGAGAGUGUGUCCCGGGUUCGGUUCUGGUUUCCUCUCCCGCUCCCACACAGCCCUGAUAUCCCACAUCUCAGCCAUGCAGGCGAACAGAACUUCCACCUCCAUCGGCGUGUUCGCGGACUGCAGCAUCCCCGCGGGCGCGCGCCUCGGACCCGUACCUGGAAUCUUCCGCCUAGGGAAGUGCGUCUCAGACCGGAAGGAAGUCGGAAUUAAAAAGAAGGUGCGGCUGGUCAGAGGGGAGUUUGUAGAUGAAUGCGGUUCUGCAGUCACAGAUUGGAUUUUAUUAAUCCGAGCAGCGAGGAACAGCCAAGAGCAAAACCUGGAGGCUGUGUCGGAUUUACCUGGCGGACAGAUAUUUUACCGCGCGCUCAGGGAGAUCCCGGUCGGAGAGGAGUUGAGUGUUUGGUACUCCGAGGUUCUGGCUCAGUGGUUCCACAUCCCCACUACUGCAACACCCACACACGACGAGAGAGGUGAAGAGCGCUACAUUUGCUGGUACUGUUGGAGAAUUUUCCGAUAUCCAAACACCCUCAAAGCACAUGUGCACUUUCACUGUGCUCUGAGCUACGCACGAACUCCCAUCAGUCACGAGCACGCGCCACGAGGACCUCCAGACAACACCAACUUCAGUCGCUCACCCAAGUCGGGCGAUAUCCCCAGCGGCGCAAGCACCUCGCCCUUCACCAACAAGGCAGGAGCAGCAACGGCGGGGUUACAGAGGCGAGCCAGCCAGGAGGACCAGGACCGGGCACUGGACAUGAGCGUGACCUCAUCAUCUAGACACCACCAUGGCCUGAUCGGCGGCGGCUCCUGCGUGGCGUUUCAGCCUGGCACUCGCUCGGCUUUUAUCCCCGCAGGAAUCGGCAAAAUGUUCCCUUCAGCCGAAGAGUCCACAAAUGGAGAUACGAAAGCAGAUACGGCACUUGGCUUCAAUAAACUCGCUCAGGUCUCGAAGGCUAGUCGCACUCCUGUCGACUCCAUGCCUCGAGGGUUUUCAUUAUUAUCUCAUUUCGAGGAGACCUCGGCUUUCAAGCACGUCUCUCCCAGUACUCGUUAUCCUCACGUUCCUCCCGGUUUCCCCUUUGAGCGCUUCUCGUUACCGCCGUCUUACAACGGAGACUGUAACAGUGUUCCUCUAGUGCCAUUCACUCUUUAUAAUGGAGAGCUGCUUUACAGCUCGCCCUACUACCCGCUAAAGUUCCACCUCCUCCGCUACCCAGACUCCGUUACCUCCUACUUCGGUGCUCCGGCUCUUGGGCCAGACGUGAACCCCGCACGCAGCCCGGUGGACAGGGAGAUGGCUCUACAUGUGGAGAAAUCUCGAGUCAGACUAGACCCCCUGCCGCCUGUGACACACGCUCACGCUGCAGCGGUGACGGGAGCGAACACGGUCAUGGGCAAACCGAGGAAGGGUCACCUGUGUCUGUACUGUGGGAAGCUCUACUCACGGAAGUAUGGACUAAAGAUCCACAUGAGAACACACACGGGCUACAAGCCGCUCAAGUGCAAAGUGUGUUUCCGUCCUUUCGGCGACCCGAGCAACCUCAACAAGCACGUUCGCUUGCACGCUGAGGGAAACACACCUUACCGCUGCGACUACUGCGGAAAAGUGCUGGUCCGACGGAGAGACCUCGAGCGCCACAUCAAGUCCAGACACCCGGGUCACCAGGGCCUGAAAAAGAGAUCGGUGGAGGAAGAAGAGCACGCUGAUGACCGCACCGAGGAGCCAAAGAGCGACGAGGACAGUGACGUAGAUGUGUGCUUUACAGAUGAACAGAGUGACCAAGAGUCCAGCCAAAAAUAACCACUGACUCUUUAAUGGACUUGCUGUUUAAAUUUAUAGUGAAUUAUUCACUACACAACACACACUCCCAUCGUUCAGCUACGAUACACACUGGUGUAAAUUUAUUAAACGAGCCACAGAACAAUUCUACAGUCACAUGAUGUUCCAGACCUGUGUUCAAAAUACAUCCAGCUCACAGCGUCCUGCACUGAUGGACUAGAAGCAGAGUGCACACUUAUUAAUUAGCCCUUGAUGACUUCCCCUAUCCACUUCACCCUUAGUUAAGAGCUUAUUUAUUUUGCUUGAUUAAGCCACACCUCUUUUACCCAUAAUUCAACUAAAAGUGAGGGAUAUUCUCAGCCUUAUUCGGGUAAAUCUGUUGAAGCGUUUCCUGCUGCAGGGCAUUAUGGGAUUUUCUUCACUUGUAUUUUCUUUAGUAAAUAGGACGCAGCUGAAAUCUGAUCCCUAACCCUGAUCCUCGAUCACUCAAUAGAAUUUAAGUAUACUUUUUGAAAAAGUGUGGAACAGCAUGCUGGAUUUCUUCUGAAUUCUGAUGACAGCUUUUAGGAUUAGAAUUAAAUUGUAGAGUUAAUGUCCCUGAAUCUGGAGCUGCACUUUAUAGAAACAGUAAUCUAUAACACUGGUGUAAAAAGUAUUUCAUUUUUUAUACAUCACUUCCUCUUCCUCUUUCUCUGGUUCUAAACUUCCUGUUUUUUAAAAGGAUAUUGUGAGUGUCCUCAGACUCUGUCUCCGUGUCCUAGAACAGUCUGUUUGCACUUUGUCCCCUCAGAUGUGUGUCCUGCUUCAGGUACAACUUCAUCAUUAACAUUAUUAUUAUUAUUAUUAUUAUUAUUAUUAUUAUU